AUGAUGAAUGGAGCAAAUGGCAAUUAUCAUAGUAGUAUGCAUAUGAAUGAAAGUGGAAACGAAGCAACAUCAAAACUCCUUUUAAUGAUAGUAUCAUUUAUGCUUGGAAUAGCAACAAUGAUUAUUGUUCUUAUCUCUCAAGGAAGAAUUGCUUUCAAAACUAAAAAGAAUAAAAGUAAAAAAAGACAUAAAAAGGAAUCCACUUCUGAUUCGAAAACAUCAAUUCCAAUGACAGAAAUUCAAAAGGUUGUCGAAGAUUUACAAAAGCAAAAUAAACUUAAAGAUAAUUCUGAUGGAACUCCACAAAUUAUUGUUGUACAAAAGAAGUAA